GCGUCUCUCUCUGCUGAGAGCAGCGGUGUGGUUUCAGAGGAGCGCUCACAGUCUUCGCUCAUACGCACUUCAAACAGGAUGUAGCGUCUGAGACAGACCACGGAAAGAAAAAAAAAAAAGAAGCGGGUUAAAACACUGAGAUGUGACAGACAUCAGUGAGCCAGAAAUGACCGCCACUGCGGAGGAGAAGAAGAAGACUGGAGGAGUCCCGAUGAGGCAGCUCGCCGCCGGCAGGUCUUGACGGCUGCUCCCGCUGACCUGAGACACCCCGCACCGCCGCAGCACCGCACGGUUUACACAGACUGAACACCCAGCAGAGCCGAAACACUCCACGUCCCGUCUGUGAACCUUGAAUGCGAUAAUGGCGAGCCAGGGCGACUGCUCUGUGAAGGUUGCGUUAAGGAUUCGUCCUCAGAUGGCCAAGGAGAAGAUAGAGGGCUGUCAUGUGUGCACGCUGGUCACACCUGGAGAACCACAAGUCCUCCUGGGAAAGGACAAGGCCUUCACCUACGACUACGUGUUUGACAUCGACUCAGAGCAGCAGCACAUCUACCAGGCCUGUGUGUACAAGCUCAUCGAGGGCUGCUUAGAGGGCUACAACGCCACCGUGUUCGCGUAUGGCCAGACGGGCUCGGGGAAGACCUACACCAUGGGGACGGGCUUCGACUUGAGCCUGAGCCAGCAGGAGCAGGGCAUCAUACCGCGGGCUGUUCACCAGCUGUUUGAGGGAAUCCAGACCAGGAGGGUGCGCGCCCAAGAGGCUGGCUCCCAGCCGCCUGAGUUCAAAGUCAGCGCCCAAUUCCUAGAGCUGUACAAUGAAGAGAUCCUGGACUUGUUUGACGGAGCCAGAGAACCAGAGAGUCGGAGCAGGAAGUCCAACAUUAAGAUCCACGAGGACGCCAGUGGCAGCAUCUACACCACUGGAGUCACUUCCAGGCUGGUGCACUCAGAGGAGGAGCUGCUGCAGUGUCUGAAGCUUGGCGCUCUGUCCCGCACCACAGCCAGCACCCAGAUGAAUGCCCAGAGCUCCCGCUCGCACGCCAUCUUCACCAUCCACCUCUGUCAGAUGAGAGUGUGCCAGCAGCCUCCAAUGCAAAAUGGCGGAGGAGAGAACGGGGAAGUGAACGGCGUGGACUCCAGCCCCAUCGCCCAGCCGGAGUUUGAGACGCUGAUGGCCAAGUUCCACUUUGUGGACCUGGCUGGCUCUGAGAGGCUGAAACGCACCGGAGCUACAGGAGAGAGAGCCCGCGAGGGAAUCUCUAUCAACUGUGGACUGCUGGCACUGGGAAAUGUGAUCAGUGCUUUAGGAGACCAGACUAAGAAGGGAGGCCACGUCCCUUACAGAGACUCCAAACUCACUCGUCUGCUGCAGGACUCACUGGGAGGCAACAGUCGCACAGUGAUGAUCGCCUGCGUCAGUCCUUCCGACCGGGACUUCAUGGAGACACUGAACACUCUGAAGUAUGCCAACCGCGCCCGAAACAUCAAGAACAAGGUGGUGAUGAACCAAGACAAGACCAGCCAGCAGAUCAGCGCCCUGCGUGCAGAGAUAGCCCGGCUUCAGCUUGAACUGAUGGAGUACAAGGCGGGGAAGCGUGUGGCAUGUGAGGAUGGUUCAGAGGGCUACAGUGACCUGCAUCAGGAGAAUGCCAUGCUGCAGAGAGAAAGCGACACACUGCGCCUCAGGGUAAAGGCCAUGCAGGAGACCAUUGACCACCUCAACACCCGUGUAACACACCUGCUGGCCAAUGAGGUCAGCACUCUGCUGACCAAGUCAAGUGAGGGCAAUGAGGAGAUCGGGGUUCUUAUCCAGAACUACAUCCGAGAGGUUGAAGAACUUAGAACCAAGCUCCUUGAGAGCGAGGCCAUGAACGAGUCGUUGCGACGGCAGGCGGCCCGAUUUUCCUCGCGUUCCCCGUUCCCCACCUCCACUCUCAGCCCCGCCCCUGGCCACCCCACUGGCUCUUCCCCUGCUCCCCUGUCCAUGGAGGCCGAGAUGACGGACGUGUUACGCCGGGCCAAGAUGGACAUUGAAAGGCUGAAGAAGAAGGAGAGGAGGCAGAGGAGGAUGAGCCCGGAGCUGGAGAAAGGUCUGAAGAAACGAGUAAAACUGCACAGUCACGAGAAUGGAGAGAACGGGCAGAGCGGCCAAAACGGACAGAACGGAGAGAUCGAUUCAGAUGACAAUUAUGCUGAGGACAUCAUGUCUCCGCUGCAGGAGGAGAGCGGCUGUGAGGAAGAUGAGGGGGAGGAGGAGGACGAGGGCCGGGAGGAGGAGGACGAGUUUGACAGCGACGAGAGCCAGGUGGACUCAGACUCGGACUCUGAUGAGAAAGCAGCCAACUUCCAGGCCGACCUGGCUGAUCUGACCUGCGAGAUUGAGAUCAAACAGAAGCUGAUAGACGAGCUGGAGAACAGCCAGCGGAGGCUGCUGAUGCUGAAGUUGCAGUACGAGGAGAAGCUCAUUCUACUGCAGAACAAGAUCCGAGACACUCAGCUGGAGAGAGACCGCGUGCUGCAGAACCUCAUGUCCAUGGAGAACUACACGGAGGAGAAGGCCAGCCGGAUCAAGCAGGAGUAUGAGAAACGUCUUAAGGAGAUGAACCGAGACCUGCUGAAGCUACAAGCAGCACAGAAAGAGCAUGCGCGUCUCCUCAAGAACCAGGGGAGGUACGAACGGGAGCUGAAGAAACUCCAGACAGAGGUCAACGACAUGAAGAAGGCCAAGGUGACACUGAUGAAGCAGAUGAAGGAGGAGCAGCAGAGGAGGAGGAUGGUGGAGGCAAAGAGGAACCGCGAGAUCGCCCAGCUCAAGAAGGAGCAGCGGCGACAAGAGUACCAGAUUCGAGCGUUGGAGUCUCAGAAGCGGCAGCAGGAGCUGGUGCUGCGCAGGAAGACCCAGGAGGUGACCGCCCUGCGGCGCCUGGCCAAGCCCAUGUCAGACCGCGUGGCCGGACGCGUGGCCCGCUGGAACCAGACUCCCCCAGUUACGGACUCUGGAGCCGAGUUGUCAGCCAGCACUACAGCAAGCAACUCUGAGCCUGAGACUGGGAGGACUGUGAGUGGGCUGGUGAGGCAGUGGAACAGCAAAAACAAUGGAUUUGGAUACCUGGGAGAGAGCGAAGGGAGCAUGGAUGGAACCCGGGUCAUUGGCAGUAGGAAGAAGUUGCAGCGUAAGCCAGCGGGCAUGGGCAACAUUGGAGUGGCGGGCAGAGCCAGCAGUUUCUCCAAGUCUGCCCGUCAGAAGUGGCAAGCCCUGGAGCGUCGCAUUAUGGACAUUGUCAUGCAGAGAAUGACCAUCUCGAACGUGGAAGCUGACAUGGAUCGCCUUAUCAAGAAGCGAGAGGAGCUGACGGGCCAGCAGGAAGCGCUCUCGCAUAAGAGGGAGGUUCUAAUGGCAGACGGGGAGGGACCAGAAGCAGAGGACCGCCUCCUUCAGGAAAUUAAUGAGGAGAUAGAGGUGUUGAAUGCCAAUAUAGACUAUAUCAAUGACAGCCUUUCUGACUGCCAGGCCACCAUUGUACAGAUAGAAGAGACCAAGGAUGAGCUGGACUCAGUGGACACCUCAGUGGUGAUCAGCUCCUGCUCUCUGGCUGAAGCACGCCACCUGCUGGACCACUUCCUGAAGGCUUCCAUAGACAAAAGUUUACAGGUUGCUCAGAAGGAGGCUCAGGUCAGACUGCUGGAGGGCCAGCUGAGACAGACGGAUAUGAUUGGCUCAUCCCACAAUCACAUGAUCCUUGAUGCCCUGCGAGAAAAGGCAGAAUAUAUCCCUGAGCUGCAGGCUCUUAUCCACAAUGUACAGCAGGAAAAUGGUUACGCCAGCACAGACGAGGAGCCCUCUGAGUUCAGCCAAGCCUCCGACAGCAGUGUAUCUCAAAUGAAAGAGUCCAACAGCCAAGAUGAUUUCAAGAUAAAGGUGGAGCCUCGUCUGUCAGCUCAGAUAAAGGCGGUGUCGGCGGAGUAUCUGGGUCCCAUCCUGGACCCCUCAUCAGGCAGCAAACCGCAGCACAUCACAAAGUCUUUGGCCUCGCUGACGGACAUCCAGGAGGACGGCCUGAGCCUGGGGACAACGAGUCUGGGGUUUAGCCUGGCCAUACGAGACCCUUACCACAGGGACCGGGCGUCCCGCACCAUCAGCCUACCUAUCAGGGGACACACCUUUCCCAGGCAGUCUCGGGGUUAUGACACUUCCCCCAUAACAAGGAGGAAAUCUUACGACCGUGCGUACAGGCCCACUGAUGGCUAUACUCCCCCCUCCUCCCCUCCUCUGAGGACCAGGAACGACCGCAACGUGUUCUCAAGGCUCACCAGCAACCAAACCCAAGGGUCUGCUCUGGACAAGUCGGAUGACAGCGACUCCUCGCUCUCCGAGGUGCUCAGGGGUGUAAUCAAUCCCAUUGGGGGUGUGAAGGGGGGUCGGACGGCGCCUCUGCAGUGUGUUUCUGUAGCCGAGGGCCACUCAAAGCCAGUCCUGUGUGUGGAUGCUACAGAUGAGCUGCUGUUCACUGGAUCUAAAGAUCGUACCUGUAAGAUGUGGAACCUGGUAACAGGUCAGGAGAUAGUCACCCUCAAAGGCCACCCAAACAAUGUGGUAUCAGUCAAAUAUUGCCCUUCCUCCUGUCUGGUCUUCUCUGUCUCCACCUCCUACAUCAAGGUGUGGGACAUCCGCGACUCUGCCAAGUGUGUCCGCACGUUUACUUCAUCGGGGCAGGUGGUUUCAGGUGAUGCGUGUGCGGGCACCACCACCCGCACAAUAACCUUUGCACAGGGCGAGUGUCAGAUCAACCAGAUCGCCCUCAACCCGUCAGGUUCUGUGCUCUAUGCUGCUGCUGGAAACACUGUUCGCAUGUGGGACCUCAACAGGAUGCAAGGGAUGGGGAAGCUGACAGGCCACAUCGGCUCCGUCAUGUGUCUGACAGUGGGACAAUCUCUUCUGGGAAAAGAUCAAGUAAUCACUGGCUCCAAAGACCAUUAUGUCAAGGUGUUUGACGUGGCAGAGGGAACUAUGGGUAAUGUAGGUCCAGCUCAUAACUUUGAGCCGCCCCAUUAUGACGGCAUUGAGUGUUUGGCUGUCCAGGGAGAUGUGCUGUUCAGCGGGUCGAGAGACAACGGCAUCAAGAAAUGGGAUCUGGAGCAACAGGAGCUCACUCAGCAAAUCCCCAACGCCCAUAAGGACUGGGUGUGCGCUCUGGCGUAUGUCCCGGGCCGGCCCAUGCUGCUGAGCGCCUGUCGGGGCGGCAUGCUGAAGGUGUGGAACGUAGACAACUUCACCCCCAUAGGAGAGGUCAGAGGUCAUGAGAGCCCCAUUAACGCCAUAUGUACCAACUCAAGACAGAUCUUUACUGCGUCCAGUGACUGCAGGGUGAAGUUGUGGAACUAUGUGCCAGGCUUGACCCCAUGUCUUCCUCGACGGGUCCUGGCCAUCAAGGGCCGAGCCACCAGCCUCCCAUGAUUGCCUCUGCUCCGCUCACCAACCCUCCCUUCCUCUGCGACAAGACAGUGAAAAUCUGGUCGUCAAAGGUGUGGAGGAAGAGGUGACAACCGAAGGUGUAACUUUGUCGGCCAUUUUGAUCUAGCCACUGAUCUGUGACCUGCUCACUUCUAGCAAUGAGAUGUGACACUGAAAACACUGUUUCCAAGGCAAUCAAGGUGUUUUUUUCUUUGCCAAGGUGCAAAAUGACAAAGCCGAGGCAGAAUAUGUAUUCAAAGGCAAAAAACUAUUUACCUAUCAGAUUCUUUUACUGCCAAAUUGAAAGUGCCAUUCAGGUGUGAUGCUACUUGGACAAACCGCUGUGGAUAGACCAGGCAGAACAAUUUCUCUCCUGACGUGAAAACUACCACAGCAUGGUAUUAAAAGGAAAAGAAAAAGUGUCCUUCUGUUCUUUCACCAAGGUUUCAGAAUACUUGUCGAACUGCGAGAGAUGAAUUUUCUCAAAGACGUAUGUAUUCAUGGAUCUACUAUCUGAAAGUCAAGACACGGGCCGAAUUUAAAUCCUAGAGGGACGUUAACUAACAACUGGGACCUCUGUUCCUCCAUUCAGGACUAUUAGUCUUCAUUAGCGUUGCGACUGUUCUGAUACUGAGCAGAUUGUAGGGUUAUACUAUGUGUUCAUCGUGGUGGAUGAUCAAUAGACAGUUGCUGAUCUUGGGAUAGACGUCAUUGGAAAAAUACACAAAACACCAUCCCUUGAUAUUUGUUGUUUACUCCGGAAACGCCCUCCAGUCACAGUUAGCUGAUGUCGCUCUCAGUAUAUUCCACAAGUCGUGUUAAUUUUUUACAAAUUUGUUUUUCCCUACCUCAGUUGGUUUGGACUUUUGCGUGAGGUGGGAGAGCACAUUUUUACGGGUCACUGUGUACUAACACCUGGUGCUUGACAUUUUGAAGUCUUUAUUUAAUGCCUGGCUCUUCAUCUCUGCGUGGAUGUGUCCUCUGUGGCCCUCUGGUUUUCAUACUGUCUAGCUUCUGACCUUGCAAACAGGAAAGCACACGUCCAGUAGCACAACUAAGGCAGCACUGGCCCCAGAGGAAUCUGACUACAUUGUGUUAUCUGCUCGGUAAAGUGCUAACUACUGCAAAAAUAAGAAACACCCUGCAGAUGCACAUGACAAACCGGUACACACCUACAGUACACACUGCUAAGACAUUUGUGGGUCGGGUACUCCAUUGAGGCCAAAGUGCCAGAUCAUUAUCGCAACCAUCUUACAGUAUGUGGCCCAUACCUGCCAUUUAUCCUCCACACAAAUGGUAGUAGGAGCACUACCAGUUUCCCCCUGCCUGCUUUCAGCUACACUCUGAUCUCUAAGGUUAGCCACUGUCAGAUAGACCAGCCUUACUGAAGAGUCCACCUCUGUUCCCAGCUACUGAACUUCUCUGGGAAGCCUAUUUAAUUAGAAGUCUUGCGGUUCUACCGGCUGCUUUUCAGGCAAGAUUACUUGGGUGAAAGUAGGUCAUAACUGAGAGGGAUUUCUUAUUAAAAUCCCAAUUUUAUUCCACCCACUAUUUGCUGCUACAUUGAAAUACAGGAAGAAACUUCCUGUACCCAUGCACUGAUGUACAAAUUUGUUUAUGCGGCAGAUUAUGUGUGUGGGCAACACACACACACACACACACACACACACACGCACAAACAGUGGACACACACAAACACAAGAUUUGAGUGGAUGUUAUGGUUAUCCAUCUUGCCUGAUAGGUCUUGGCAUCCCUCACUGUGUUGAUUUAGUGUCUCUUUAAUGAAACAAAUUCAGCAUUCCACUGACACGCAUAUGCACAUACAUACAUGCACACUCCUUAGUCUUAAGACUUAAAAGUCAGUUAUGGUUUUGUUGUCUGACACUUCUGAAUACAGAUAACAGCAAGCAUUCACAUCACUUUCAGUUUCUUUUUUGUAUCGCUUUAAAAUGACACAUAGCUCUUGAAAGCUUCUUGUCAUACAGAUGUUUUAUGUCUGUCUCACAAUAUCAGUUGUGUUUUGUUCAGCUCUGAAAUCUCACUUCUUCUGUUGAAAAAAAGAAUACUUUGGGGAUUUACUGCAUCUGCAUCUUUUCUGUAUAAAAGACCCAGAAACAUGUAGUUUAAUUAAGCAAAUCUUGGAUCACAAAAUGGCAGUCAUAGUUGCUGAAGUUAGUUAAUACUUUCAACACACUUGCUGCAAAUUCUCCCUUUUAAGCGGGAGUGAAGCUGCUUACACUCUCCCAAAGCAAUGAUAGGGGUUUUGGUAUUGUGUGUGGGUAGGGGGGAAGGAUAUGUGUGUGUGUGUGGGGGGGGGGGGGUCUUGGUUGUAAUGUUUUGCUACGCUUAGAAACUCAGGUAAAGGUGGAAGGAUAUUAGUCAUACUUUAGUCAUUACUUGACUCUGUGAAUUUAGGUAGCUCUUUGAAUCGACCAAAUGCCUUGGUUUGAGCAAUGUUUUUUUACUUUGAGAAAAAAGGGUAAUAUCGGUGUACCAUCUCUUUUUGUAAAAGACCCAUUUCCAUGUUUUGCUUUUGUAUUUUAUUCUCUUUACUUAUUAUCUAUGUACUGUGCUUUUCUGUACAAAAUGUACACGUCUUUAACGACAUCUUCACAAUGUGGCCAAAGCUAAAACUCUUGCAACUCUGAGAAGAUGUGCACUGAUUUUUGCCCAUAAUAACUUGUUUAAAAUAUGUAAACUAGUAGUUUGUCUAUAAAACGGGAGUGAGCGGUACAAAAUGUGGUUAGUAGGGAAGUUAACCUUCAUACCAUAAUGGGUCAUAUAAUUUGACCUUGAGUCAGUCUCCACUGGACCCUUCAUCUGUGCUAAUUAGCCAAACUGACCAUGCUUACCAGCUCUGUGGUGUGUUUCAUGCGAUAACAAUGCUAAGACAGCCUUUAUCUCCGUUUAUUUCACUUCUCUAGACUCCUGCUUAUUACUAGAGAAGAUCUCUUAGUACUGUAGCUUUAGGCACUCUCUUUGAUGCCCUGUGCUUGUACAUUUGCUGAAAGACGCAUGUUGUUAGUGGUGCUCGUCGGUUGAUUGGAUAUCUCAAAACAUAGCAAUUCAAUGGGCAAUUCAUUCUUCCUGCUAUUGCCAGGCUUACUGUUUAACCUUGAGUGGAUUUGGGCAUUUAUCUGGAGUCCGAAGAAAAAAAGUCUAUGAAUUAUGCAUAAAAUAUGUAACAAAAACCCUACCCAAAAUUGCCCCUAGUUGUUAGGCUUGUAUUCUGCCAAUGUCAGCACCACUUCAUUACUUGAUAAUGUGUAAAUAGGUGUGUCAUACCUCUUUUAAUAUUACAGGGGAGAUUUUGUCGAGGUUAACUGACUUCUUUCUCAUCAGCUGGCCUCAGAUUGAUCUCUGCAAGUUACGAUUUACAUGCACUUUGGAUAAUGAACACUGCUGUGAAUACCAUGUGAACUGUUUUCCAGAUAUGUAUUGAGCCUAGUUUUAGACUUAGUUUACAAAGAUGAGGCUUCAAGCACUGAAAUUGUACUAAUAAGUACUGUUUAGCUCCACAGUAGAUUCAGAAAUCAAUGAUAUUAAUGUUUGUGCUGGUACAGUAUGAGAUAACAGUCAAGACAGAGAAUGACAUUCCCCAAUAUGUCCCUGCCUUUAAAGUCCCUUUUUAUAAUAGUAAAUGUUACCUGAGAAUGAGAAUUUUCACUUUGACAGAGCAGCAUGCACACCUUUUGUAGAGACUCAGGAGAGUCCAUUUCCAUCCUUAUUUCCCUGGCUGUCUGCUGGCAUUCAGGCAUUUUUCUUAAUAUUACUGACCACAAACAGGUCAUAUUAUUCUGUGAAGGAUGUAAUCGAAGACACAAGAUGACAAGAUCCAACCUUAAUCUAUUUCUCCUACAACAAUGAACACAAAGUGUACCAUUGAGCAUGUAGUGAGUAAUGUUUGAUCUAUAUUCCUCUCCGAUCAUGAACUGGUACACCAGCUGGUGGCAAUAUUCUAUAGCCCUAUUAGCAUCUGAUUUAAAUUGUAAAGUUUUUUGACCAAAGCGAAAAAACACUUGCUGAUACCUUGCUCUCUCUUUAAAGCCACCAUGGGUGCAAUUUAAAUGUUCUGACUUUGGUGCCCCCCAGUGCUAGUAUUUAAUAAAAACAUAGUGUCAAACAACAAUGCGUAAUGCUGCACCCAAGAAUCCCAACUGGGGACUCCGAACGAAUUGACCACUCGCUAAGCCUCGCCCCCCUAUAGUUACAGUUGUUGCCUGUCAAGCUUUCCGUUCUCGCACGACACAGUUUACAGUGAUAACGGUGGCAGGUUUACCACUUGAAAUCCACAGUAAGUUUUGAAACAAUGAGUCCUGUUUAACACAGAAAUAUACCAAAGCAGACGUUUACUAUACAGAAACACACAAUACUUGGACAAGCAGCACAGUAGUUAGAUGUAUGAUUUUAAUGUUUGUAUUUUCAAACGCUAUGCUUCACUUUUCCCAAAGAAAAGGAUUUUAGGGUUAGGUAUAAACUUCCCCAAAGCUGAUAAAGAGAAGGACAAAGAGCCGCUAUCAUAACUCACAGGUAGUGGAUAUUUUUCUAAUGUAACCUUUAGUAAUUUAUUUUCUUAGUUUCUUAGUUACUUACUUUUGGAAAUAACACUGGUUAAUGUCUGCAGCUAGUAAGCUAGUUAGUGAGACAUGCUAAUGUUUGCAGAAUACAGAGUUUGCUAUUAGAGCACCAUGCACACCGAAUGUUGAGAAAUCAAAAAGCUUGACAGGCUGCUUAUAGCCCAGUUACAGUUGCUAACCUAUGAUUGGACACGGCUGUUUGGGGGUGGGGUUUAGCGAAUAGUCAGUUGGCUGAAAGGAAAACAUAGACUGAACCAAUUUUCACAGACAAACAAUGUAUACAUGUAUAGAGGCUGUAACCAGUUGGUAUUGGAUCUAGGAUCACAGAACAGAUUGGAGAGAGGGUGCGAGUCAAACUUAUUGUGUGACAUCUCAAGCCCAGCCCAGCCAUCUUAUGACUACUAGGAAAUGAAACCAAAGUAGUCAGUGUCUCAGCUUCAGCCUUGUGCCUCAGCCAACAGGCCUUACUGCCUUAAAGAAACAGAAUGUGUAUGUAGGACAUUGAUAAUCAUUCACUUAAUAUCCUGAAUCUAUAACAGACUUGUUCUGAGGAUUGUAGAUUGUCCUACAGAUUGUGGCAUUCUGUUCUAAGUCAGACGACGUCUCUGCUCACUUUAUCAGUAUGGCUGAAAAGACCUUGGAUGGGGUCACAUUUAGAUGCAAUGAAAAGGGCACUUUGCUGCUUGGCGGCUCACUGUCCCACACCAACACACGUCUUCCCUGCAGCUGCUCAAGUAGUGUUUCUCCAGGUGUGUGUAUGGUAAUACAAUAUGUGGUAGUGUCUGUGAAAUAUGUACUUAUGGGACAUAAAUGCAGGGUCAAAGGUCAUUUGUGCCUUUUAUUGCACAGACUACUCCCUUUUAAAUGAGUGUAAAUGUGUGUACAGUUUGUUUAAUAUGACAAUGUGCAUGUGCCCAAGCUGUGUAAAAAUAUCUUGCUGUAAAUAAUGUAAGUAAAUAUUUAAUGAAGGAUCCAACGUUCCCUCAAGAAAAUAAAUAAGUUAAAAGCAA